GGCCAAUAGAGAGAAGCCACGGGGGCAGGUAUCGCGUCAAGUGGUCAAGCCUUGUUUCCAUAGGAAUGAAGGAUGUCACCCCACCAGGCUCUCCGGUUCUCGUUCCCUCGAAGCUCCUAAGCCGUAUAGGGAAAAGAAAGCGAGCACCACCAAUGCGUUCCUCCGCCGCCGCCUCCCUCCCCCAAGACGUCCACGGCAGCCCCCACGCCUCCUCCUCCGCGUCUGACCCCGAGGAAUAUGACUGCGAUUUCGAGCCUCACGAACACAUUCCUUACGACGCCAACGAAGAAGAAGAAGAAGAAGAAGAAGAAGAGGAAAAGGAAGAGGAAGAAGAGGAGGAAGACAUAGAAGUAGAAGUAGAAGAAGAAAUCGAGGUGGAGGAGGAAAUAGAGGUAGAAGAGGCAAUAGAAGUAGAAAAGGAAGAGGAAGAAGAUGCAGAUGAUGAAAACGAUGAGAAAGAAGAAGGGGUGGAGGAAAUGGACAAUCAUUCAUCAGAUCUAGCAACUACAGCCGAGGAUAAUCGGGGAGAUGCUAGCCAAGAUAAAGAGUCCGUGGGGCACAAAGAGCAGCUAAGUGCACAAGGGACAGAAUCAUGCAUGAAAAAUGAGGAUUCUAAGUAUCCAGAAUUAGGUAAACUUAUGGGCAGUACUGAGGCAAGUAGAUUUUGUGAAUCUACUGUUGAUGAGGAAGAUGCUGUGGCCCCUCCAGAGGAAAGAACUUCUAAAAGCCACGGGGAAGCACAUUGUCAUGCGAAUACUGAUAUUCCUAAAAGUGUGUUUAUGGAUGCUGAUACUGCCAAAUCCUCUAAUGCUACUGAGAGAGAGGUGGCUUCCUCGAUGCCGAUGAGGGAUGGGUUGGGUGAGGAGGCUAAUGGUGUUCUGCAUUAUGAGGAAGAAGUUAAGCAAAUGGAUGUGCAAUUUGGGGAAGACAUAAAGCGAAAAGCGUCAAGAUUAGCUGCUCCCCAGAUAAGGACUAGAAGUUUGUCCCCUGGUGCUGAGCUCAAGGAUGGAAACAAACGGCCCGCAGUUAUAUGUAAUUUUUUUGCUAAAGGUUGGUGCAUUAAAGGGAGCUCAUGUAGGUUCCUUCAUAAAAAUGAUAAUGUGGAUAAUGCUAGCGAGCAGCCUGAGGGCAUGGUAACUGCAACAAACCAGAAGAGAGAACUUGAGGUUGAUGAAGGUUCAAUGGACAUUGUUGAAAGAACAAGGUUGUCAGGGUCUCCUGAUCCACAGACUUCUUCCAUUGGAAAUAAUACUUCAUUUUCUUCUCAUUUCUCUUUAGAAACGAUCCCGCCUUUGGAGCAUGGAGAAAGACAAAAUUGGCAUCAGUACCAUGAACAUAAGAUCCCAUUGUGCCAAGGAGAGGAUUUAUCCUUUGGUGAGCAAGUGCCUUUACCGAAAGAUGAUCCUGGGUUCAUUUCCUCUUUUAAAGGUGUAGGAAAAGAGAGUCUGAGACAAAGUUGGUGCACAGAUGGUUGUGGUGACUAUCCUUCGCCAAUUGUUAAAGGCAGUUCUCCUAUAUUCAGAAAUAGCUUGUUUCUUGGGGGUGGAUCUUUUCCAAGUAGCUCAGUUGUAUCAUCGAGCUCUUACCAAAGCAGCGGGUUUCUCACCUCUUAUGCAGCAAGAUCAGAGGAAUUGGCUGGUAAUAAAAGGUCAUUUAUGAUCAAUGAUCAUACAUCACCCAUUUUAAACCGUUCUCUGAUUUCUAGCUCAAGCACUUUUCAUCCGACUACUAGCAUGCUUCCGUCCGGCCUUAUCUCAUCUAGGAUUGGAUCAUCAUUUUCUUUCAGUUCUUCUUUGAAUGCAGAUCCCCUUGAUGCCCAAAAGCUUUUAAAUAGUGAUGCAGAAUAUCGUGCUUCUAAAUCUGCUUCAUUGCCACGUAGCUGUUCACCGUUCUCUGGGUCUGAAUCAGAAAACCUACACUUAAGAAAUUAUUCUGGUGAUCCUCUACGCUCUGCUGGAUUUGGACCAAAACUUUCUUCAAAUGAUUGGGAGCCUUCUGUACCCUUUCGACCAUCAGUUUUCAUUGCUUCAUCCUGUAUAUCAUCACCAGGUAGCCAAUAUGACCCACUUCGCGAUAGCAUUGACCAAUGUGUGGUAGGAGAUAAGGUGUCCCCCAUUUUCUCUUACAGUCAUGGAACAUCAAUUCGAAGUAUGUCAUAUCAGCAUAUUAAUGGAGAAACUGUUUUGACUGGGAUCCCUGGUUCAGCAUUUAGUGCAAAUAAACAUUCAAUUUCUCUUGAUCAUGGAUUCCAUGACAAUGUGUUGGACAAGACUUCUGCUACUCAUGGAAAAGGAUUGUCUAUUACCAAAGCAGAAGCAGCAGGAACUUAUGCUGUUAACCUGGAAAAUAGAAAUGCUGUAGCCAAUGAAGAGAAGAUGUUGAGCCCAGUUCAUGUCAAAGACGUUAUUAAAGCAGAUAAAAUCCAUAUUGAUCGGGAUUCUAUGCGUAAUAUUGGCGGGGCAAGACAUAGAGAGUCCAGAGUAGAUAGAGAUAGGCAAAACGAUGAUGCAGAUGUUGAUCAAAAGAUGGAUGGGGAUGUGCACAAGGAGUCAAAAGCACUGAGACAUUUUCGAGCAGCUCUUGUCGAUUUUGUGAAAGAAUUGGUCAAACCCACUUGGCGUGGGGGUCAUCUAAGUAAGGACGCUCAUAAAAUGAUUGUUAAGAAAGCAGUUGACAAGGUCCUUAGUACAAUACAGCCACACCAAAUUCCCAUUACACCAGAUGCAAUUAAGCAGUAUCUUUCUUCAUCCCAGCCUAAAAUUUUAAAGCUUGUUGAGGUAAGUGUGUUGAUUUUAGAGAUGGAUGUGGGAAAUAUGCCUAUCUGAUUUCUCAGGUCAUCUGUUCUUCGCAUUUAACUUGUACAUCUUUCGUCUGCAGGGAUACGUUGAUAAGUAUGGCAAGUCUUGAGCUGCUGGGCUGUGCGGUUUUAUUUUGUAUAGUUUUCUGCACAUUCUACUAAUCGGAAGUCAUGAACAUUUGUUUGAGGCUGUCUGCAACAUAUCUAUUGAUAGCUCAAAAUGAGAUUCAUGUGGAAUGCUUCGAAUUUUCUUUGUUAUAUCUUGCUUCAUUGAUAAUUUGUCAUUCACUUGUUCAUCUCAUUCGAUAUGUUUGGAGUCAACUGCAGGAAUUGUGUCUGCUUUAAUCUAGUAUUAUAUUUUUGUGGUUCUUAAGAAUUCAUUAUAAUGUCUCAUCAGUUAGAGGAAAUUGCUAAAAGAUGAUGCCAGACUUGGUUGGUUUCUAA